UUCACGUUCUCGACGGUUACUUCCACAUGCAUCGCCUGUAACCGAUGCAAAAUCAUGACACGAUCAUAUUCCGACAACCAUCUUUACUACAACCAAAUUCGGGCCUCAACAACGCAGCAACCAGAACUAAAGAAUAGCCAUUCUAUGGGCAUAUUCAAUUUCAAGUUGUCCAGUUCAAUUUUCCCAAGCUCGCUUCGGUCAUUUCUAUUUGAUCCGGAUACGAGUAAGGAGAUGAACAUAACAGAUUCGAGUAAGGAGAUGAAUAUAACAGAGACGAGUAAGGAGGAGAUGAACAUAACGGAGACCACAACAGAGAGCGACGAAGACGAGGAGGAGGUGAAAAAGAGAGCAAAUUGGGUCGAGAGGCUACUGCAGCAUCAAAGCCAUUGGAGAGAGAGGCAACAAAAAGAUGAAGUGGCUGGCGAUGCAGAUAGCCACCAAGAUUGCGAUGAAGAUGAGGGUGGUUGUGAAGCGGACUAUGGCGAUGAAGAAGAAGAGGGGAAGCCAAAAAUUGAUUGCGAGUCAUUCUCAAGGUUGUUGGUUGAAGUUCUGUGGUCUGAUGCUAAGCUUUUAGCUCAGCUAGCCUUCCUGUGCAACAUGGCUUAUGUGAUACCAGAGAUUAAGGCUAAGGAUUUAAGACGAUACUAUGGUCUACGCCUCGUAACAUCUUCCUUAAAGAAGAAAGCAGAAGCAGAAGCACUAAAAGCAAAACCAGAUAGGGAAACCAAUGGCGUACCUGUGACUGCCUCAGCUCCCACUGUAUCUGCUCCAGAGAAAGCAGGAAUAUCUGACGAGAAACGUGUAAACCGCCCCACUGUUGCGUAUGAGAUUGCUGCUUCAGCUGCAUCAUAUGUCCACUCGUACACCAAGGACCUUUCAUCCCUUGGCUCGGAAACCGAACAGGAAGGCAAUGAUGUGGCAUCAGAUGGUGAUGAAGAUCACGGACAAGAGGAAGAGAGUUCGUCACCUCGAGUAUACAAAUCAGAGAUGGCUGCUUCUUUGGCAGCUUCAACUAUGACAGCAGUGGUCGCUGCAGGUGAGACAGAAAAACAGGAGGCGGCAAGGGACCUUCAAUCGCUUCAUUCAUCGCCUUGUGAAUGGUUUGUUUGUGAUGAUCCGAGCACAUAUACUCGCAACUUCAUCAUCCAGGGAUCGGACUCUCUAGCAUCGUGGCAGGCAAAUCUCUUCUUUGAACCCACUAAAUUCGAGGGGACGGAAGCGCUUGUUCAUAGAGGAAUUUAUGAAGCUGCAAAGGGAAUGUACGAGCAAUUCAUGCCGGAAAUUAUGGAGCAUUUGACUAACCAUGGGGAACGGGCAAAGCUUCAAUUCACAGGUCAUUCUCUUGGCGGUAGCCUUUCACUCUUAGUCAACUUGAUGCUCUUGUCGAGGAAGGUUGUCAAGCCCAAUGUUCUGCGACCAGUUGUUACCUUUGGAUCACCGUUCGUGUUCUGUGGAGGCCAAAAGUUUCUUAACGAGUUGGGCUUGGAUGAGGACCGUGUCCAUUGUGUGAUGAUGCAUAGAGAUAUUGUCCCACGAGCAUUCGCUUAG